AUGCAAUACAUCGAUCUAAUGAUGUCGUUGUUGACUGAUACGGGGAUCGGUUUACGCACAAUAAGAAGUACUGUAAAGGAGUAUAAAGAAACAGGAGUACUGUCCUCACCAAACAAAAAAAAAAUACGAUCUACAGUUAUUGAAAAAAUUGAUGAUUUUAAUAAGAACACGAUUCGCCAAAAAAUACACGGCUUCUGGUUCAGACAAGAAAUACCUACACUGAUGAAAGUUUUGGCGGUUAUUAACGAAGAUUCUGAACUUCCAAAUCUAUCUCGUAGUGGUUUGUAUCGGUUGUUAGCUGACUUAAAUUUCGAAUUCACUAAAAGAAAUAGGAAUAGUGCACUUACAGAGAGGAAUGAUCUGACGUUUUAUCCGAGAUAUAAGACUUUAUAG